AUGGAAGAGCCUUUAAUUUAGAAUGAGGAAAUAGAAUCCAAGAUUCCAAAUGAAAAAGUUAUGACAAGACUUAUUAAAGGGGAAUUUAGGUUUGAGAGAAGAUAAUACAUAUUUUUAAAUGUAAAUACUGUCAAUUUAGUGUUAACCAUUUAUAAUUUGAUUGGUCCUAUUAACAUUGAAGCCUAGAAAUCGUUGAUAUUUUAUGAAGAUACUAGAGUCCCAUUAAAUGAUCAAGACUUUACCUUAAUGAAUUUAUUGAAUGCUUUAAUAGUCGUUCAUCUUUUGAGAAUUUUCACUUGUUUGUUGGGUUUCUUUAGUGUUUCAUAAAAAUCUGGUAAAAUUAUGACCUACUUUAUGAUUAUGUCAACCGUUUGUGUUCUCUGUAGAGGAAUUAUAUCCUUAUUAAUUGUGUUAAAUUAUACAGCAAUAAAAGACACUUGUAAUUUGAUUUUUGGAGGUGGCACUGAUGAUAUUGGAUCAUUGAUGGCAAUGUAAUUUUUGGUUGUUUUGAUACUAUUUGUAAUAGCAGAAAUUUUGUUAGCCUUGAUCUCAUUAAUACAAUGUUCAAAAACUAAAGAGGAAUAUCGAAUUUGGAUUAAACACAAAGAGAGAAUGAUGAAGAACUAUGAGUUGUGUUAUGAAGUAGCAAUUUGUUAAUUAGAUGAAUGA